UUGGGUAUCAAAUCUGUUCCGGCUGUUGAAACAGUGUCUCUGAGAGGGAAUCAGAUUUUAAAUAUAAAUCGAAAUGCGUUUGUGAAUAUCACCAAUUUAAAAAAUAUUGAUAUUAGCUUCAAUUGCAUACAAGAAUUGGAUGUUUUGUUGAUCAAUAAAUAUUUUGGGAAACAUUCAAUUCAAUUUGACAAUUGUAGCUCAGUGGAUAUUGAAGGAAACCAAGAAGAGAAUAAACAGUUCACUGAAUCUUACGACGAUAUGAAGAUUAUUGAAAACCAAGGCAACGCAUCAGAUCAAACAAAUGAAAUGGAGAAAAUAACAACUGAGAGUUUUCCGAUGGAAUGGAAAGUACCGUCAAUGGAAACCGAUGAUACCUCUAAGAAAUUCAUCAUUUACGCAGAGAUUAUAGGAAUUUUGCUCUUGAUUAUAGCUAUUCAAACAGUACUUAUCAUUUGGUAUAAAUGGCGCGCCAAUCCCAUUUCAAAUACAGAGACUAAUUUCGACAAUGGAGAAUACGUGGAACCUAUAAACGAAUAUGAAGAAGUCAACAAUUUUGUCAUAGAAAGAGAAUCCAAUGGAUACAUGAUCCCUCGCUCAGAUCUAUGAAGAUACAGUGGCCAAAUUUUGUAAUAAUCCGCGCAAUGUUUAAUUUAUGAUGAUCACGACGAAGUUACUAUUUUGUUUCCUGUCUAUUUAGAAUUUUAUAUAAAAUUAUCUGACAUUUAUAAUAAUAAGUUCCAUUAAUUAUAGUUUAGUCUCAAGGGCGGAUUAAGUCAUGAUCUUUAUAGACUGCAAUCCAGGACAACUCGAGGGUCCCAAACAGUGUUAGCCCAAUGCCCACAAAGUUAACUUUCCGCCCUUGCUUUGUCAGUUUCAAGUUGUCAGUUGUUUCUAUAAAUAAUCCGUUAUUUUAGAAAGUGGUUUAUCA